GUUUUGAUUGGUCGAAGACUUGUGGGAAGUCGCCUCUGAUUGGAUAAAUAUUUUCCUGUUCAUCCUCCUCCUAAUAUACGCAGCAAAGUGCAAAAUAACAAGUCUCAAAAGUUUACUACGCAUGUAAUAACAGUUAAUAUUUGCUAGUUUUUUCUUUAGCUUUCUCGAAAGCUUACUUUUGUUUUAUUAAAUACAACUGUUGUCCUUGUAUUAAAAAGCAGCAGAUUUGUUGUUGUAAGCUAGAAAUUCCCAGGCAAAGUCCGGUAUUAUAAAGUGCCAGCGAGCUAAUAGGCUUCACUAACGCGUGUACCGUUUGAAGGCAUGCAGUUGGACUUUGUUUAACUUUUAUCGUCUCGGUUUAUACCACGUUUUUUAAUCGCCUCUUCUCCGUGAGCUUAACCUUGCGCGGCCGCCAGCAUGUUCCCGUUGGACUCGCCGUGGAACAUCUCCUUCGCGGGAUGCGGGUUCCUCGGGAUCUACCACAUCGGGGUGGCCAGCUGUCUGCAGGAACGAGCGCCUUUUCUGGUCCACAACGCCAAGCACAUCUACGGCGCGUCUGCGGGAGCCCUCACCGCCACGGCCCUGGUGACUGGAGUCUGUCUGGGAGAGACCGGUGCGAGCAUCAUCGAGGUCGCCAAAGAGGCAAGGAAGCGCUUCCUCGGUCCCAUGCAUCCAUCCUUCAACCUGGUGAAGAUUGUGCGUCACAUGCUGCGGCGCACGCUUCCAGAUGAUUGCCACCAUCGGGCCAAUGGGCGUUUGGGGAUUUCUCUCACCCGGGUCACUGAUGGAGAAAAUGUCCUGGUCUCUCACUUCAACAACAAGGAGGAACUGAUACAGGCGUGCAUCUGCAGCGCUUACAUCCCGGUGUAUUGUGGCUUCAUUCCUCCCACGCUUCAAGGAGUUAGAUACGUGGAUGGGGGAAUCUCAGACAACUUGCCUCUGUAUGAGCUUAAAAACACAAUCACCGUGUCCCCUUUUUCCGGGGAGAGCGAUAUCUGCCCCAGAGACACCUCCACCAACAUCCACGAGCUCCGCUUCACCAACACGAGCAUCCAGUUCACCCUCACCAACCUGUACCGAGUCUCCAGGGCACUCUUCCCUCCGGAUCCCAUGGUUAUGAAGGCCAUGUGUAAGCAGGGAUAUAAAGACGCUCUGCACUUUUUAGAGAGAAAUGGGCUGCUUCAUUUCAACGGGCCUAACAGAGGGCCGACCCUGCAUGCAAACGGAGAGCAGAAAGAGGCUGGCGGUGAGGAAGAGGAGGAAAAGGAAACGGAGGACAAGUCACAAGCGGAGGAGAAGAUGGUUUUUGACACCUCCUCAAUAGACGAACACAUUAUUGAGUACCUCCCACCAGCUCUUCAUAAAGCUCUAGUGGAGGCCUGCAUGGAGAGGAGGAGCCUUGUGCAGUCGCUAGGCAACCUUCUCCCAGUCAGGAUGGCCUCGGCCAUGAUGCUGCCCUACACUCUCCCUCUGGAGUCGGCUAUGUCCUUGACACUCAGACUUCUGGAGUGGCUUCCAGAUGUGCAGGAAGAUGUGGGGUGGAUUCGAGACCAGAUCUUGAAAAUCCUGCAUCACAUUCUUUCCCGGGCCUCCAAAAGCGUUUCCCGCCAUGUCUCUGCCAGACUGUUCUGCCAUCUGGAGUUGCAUCACUACCGCUCCCUGCCCUCCAAGUCCAGCUCCACCAGCCUGUUCCCUACCUGGGUGAACGAAAGCAGCCCUUCCGUCCAGGACGUCUUUGUGCGCCUUGAACAGUACAAGAAGCAGCUUUUAUCUGGGGUUUUCUGCAUCAACAUGGACCUGCAAGGCUCCUUUAAAACGGGAGCUCUGUCACCAGAUAACACAACCAAAAAAGACUUCCCAGCACACAGCAGCAGCAGCAAACCUUUAACGAGAUCUCAGAGUUUUUGGUAGGCCUCUGCUGCAGAUGUACUCCAGAAGGACGGGAAUGCUCUUUUGUGUUAUGUCCUUAAAUAUGAACAUGUGCAAUCUGAUCAGCCACUUCACAGUGUUUGCGAUGAAGAUUUUCACAUAGUUUUGCCUGACCCUAAAAAAAAAAAAAAAAAGUCAAGUGCAGUCAAGCAGUUUGUAGUAAAACUGCUGGGUGAUACUUACUUUGCAUGUGUACUCACCCAUGUUCAGACUUGAAUGACAGGAUGUAAAAAAAUAAAAAAGACGUGGAUUUGAAGUAAAACAAUGAUAACAGGCGAGUGUUUAUGUUUUUUAGUGGAAUGUGGUCAGACCGGGAGUGCACCAGCGUUUUCCUGCCUCAAGUCUCUUCAGGCUCACAGGAAGCACAGAGCCAAACGGAAAACAGUGAAGGUGCUUUGUUACAUGUUGUUACUCCAUUAAUGUGAAGCAAGCCUCAAUGCACCUUUUGUGGAAAAAAAAAACUCUCUCUGCGAGGUCUUUGUUGCUAAGUAUGUUGUCAUGCAAGCAACGCUGUAAAUAUGUCAAAUGCAACAUAAUUUUUUUCUGGUCAUCUUGAUUUACAAAUUCUUUACUGCUUAGAAAACAUAUCAACAUGCAAAUGAUUUUAUCAAAUCAUUUUUAUCUGAGUUGCACUUUAUGUUCUUAGGUUCUGACCUAACUGUCAAAGUACUUCUUGUGAAUUUAAUGUCAUGUUUUAAUUUUUAUAUAAUCAGCCAUCAUGUUGUCAAAGCAGUCAUUUACAUGUAAUGUUAAAAAUCUCAGCAAAUGUUAUAUGUGCGAUUAUGAAAUAAACCAAUACUGAUAAUGAUUGACAA